AUGGAAAAAAAGAAGGAAAUGCCAGAAAACGGAAAGAGGGCAUUACGAAGUAGACUAGAUGAAGGAGGACUAGCUGGAUCAAAUAAAUUCAACAGUGAUUUAUGGCGGCUCAACACAUUAAAGUUUUUCAGAGAAAUUUUCAAUGAACAAAAUGUUACAAUUGAUUACCUGAAAAUUGACAUAGAGGGCUGGGAAUGGGAGUCCAUGGACACAGCCAUUAAAGAUGGUUCUCUGAAAAAAGUUAAACAGAUUGGAAUUGAAUUCCAUAGAACUGGUUCUAUUACAAAAAGUUACUAUUUAGAAAAAUUAAAUUUUUUUUCUCGUCUCCACAAUGCUGGAUUUCGAAAAUGGCAUACCCACUUGAACGUGCCUUGUGGUACAAGACUCUCAGAUCUAACCAAACGUUCAAUAUAUAUGUGCCACGAACUUUAUUUUAUAAAUGUAUUUUAUUAG